UGUUUUGAGUUUAGUUCCUAUGUUGUGAAAUAUAUAAGAAAUGACGCUUAAAAAAUCUGAUUUUAUUACUUUAUCUCAAAGAAUUCACGGUAGUUUCCAAGAUAUAAAUCCUAUAGUGAUUUGGAGUAAGAAUCGGAAGAAAAAGGACAAAGAUGAGGCUCCAGCAAGGAGUUGGAUAGAGGCAACUUUUCACAAACGGGAAUGUUCGAGAUACAUCCGCCAUACAAAAGAUCCAUUAAGAUGUUGCUGUGGAAGAACAUUGGACCAACAUAAGCAUGCAGUGGACACGCAACCUCCGCAACCAGGGGAAUUAUGGUAUCCGAGCCGGUGCACAAUAGCAAGUCCCACAGAUGCCUAUGGAAUACUAGAAUUCCAAGGUGGUCCACAUCCUUCCAAGGCCCAGUACAUAAGAGUUUCUCAUGAUACGAAACCUGAACACCUAAUGCAGUUGAUAACUCGAGAAUGGACGCUCGAAUUGCCUAAACUGUUAAUAUCCAUCCAAGGCGGCAAAUCGAACUUCGAACUACCGCCCAAACUCAAAAAAGUACUCAGAAAGGGCCUUCUCAAAGCCGCCAGAUCAACAGGAGCGUGGAUAUUCACUGGCGGUACCAAUACAGGUGUCACAAAACACGUGGGAGAUGCAUUAUUGUUAGAAAGAUCUCAAAGAACGGGUAGAGUAAAUACUUUAGGAAUAGCCCCGUGGGGCAUAGUUGAAAAUAAUCAAGAUCUCAUUGGUCAACACACCGAAGUACCAUAUCAUUCCAUAUCAUCGCCAAGAUCAAAAAAUGCAGCCUUAAACAACCGACAUGCCUAUUUUCUAUUGGUAGACAACGGAACGGUGGGGAAAUAUGGCGCAGAAGUGAUUCUCAGGCGAAAAUUAGAAAAGUACAUAUCCAAACAAAGGCUGUAUCCAUUUACUCAGAGUCCUAUACCGAUAGUAUGUUUAGUAAUAGAAGGUGGUACCAACACCAUAAGAGCGGUACUGGAAUACGUUACUGACGAACCUCCAGUGCCGGUAGUUGUUUGUGAUGGUUCGGGUAGAGCAGCAGAUAUUAUAGCUUUUAUGUGCAAAUAUGAAUGUUCAGUACUCAAAUCUAUGAAAGAAUAUAUAAUUGCUACCAUUCAAAGAGCGUUCGAAGUUGGUGCCGAAUUAGCUGAAGGCCUAUUUUUAGAAUUGAUGCACUGCGUAGAAAAUAAACAUUUGAUAACGGUAUUUCGAAUAGCAGACAAAUACGACCAAAAACCCCAAGAACUGGACCAAAUAAUCUUAACGGCUUUAUUCAAAUCUCAACAUCUCUCGCCGACCGAACAACUGAGUCUCGCGCUCACUUGGAAUCGCGCCGACAUAGCGCGAUCCGAAAUCUUCGUGUACGGCCAAGAAUGGCCGCCGGGAGCGCUGGAAGACGCCAUGAUAAAAGCCUUGGAGCACGAUCGUUGCGAUUUCGUGAAAUUAUUGUUGGAAAACGGAGUGAGCAUGAGGAAGUUUUUGACGAUACCGAGAUUGGAGAAUCUUUAUAAUAGUAAACAAGGGCCUAGUAAUACUUUGGGGUAUAUUCUCAGGGAUGUUCGGCCUCAUAUACCGCCGGGGUAUGUGUAUACUCUGCACGAUAUUGGGCUAGUUAUAAAUAAAUUGAUGGGUGGUGCCUACAGAGCUCUUUAUACUAGAAGAAAAUUCAGACCAAUCUACGCCAAAAUUAUGAACAAAGGACACAGCAUGGCCAACACGUCCGGACGAAAUUUAGGAGCCAUGGGACUCAUACCCGGUUGUAUACCGGGAGGCGCCAGUCCUUGUUUAUUCGAUUACCCGUUUAACGAACUACUUAUAUGGGCGGUUCUUAUGAAAAGACACAAAAUGGCGUUACUAAUGUGGCAACAUGGAGAAGAGGCUUUAGCCAAAGCGUUGGUAGGUUGCAAGCUUUACAAAGCGAUGGCCCACGAAGCCGCAGAAGAUGACAUGGAAACGGAAAUUUACGAAGAACUGCGUGCUUAUGGAAAAGAAUUUGAAAAUAUUGCCUUGGAAGUAUUAGACUACUGCUAUCGACAAGACGACGACCAAACUCAACAAUUGCUCACUUGCGAACUACAAAAUUGGUCGGGACACACUUGCCUGAGUUUAGCCGUAACCGCCAAUCAUAGGGCACUCUUGGCUCAUCCUUGUUCUCAAAUUAUCCUCGCUGAUCUCUGGAUGGGAGGAUUACGCACAAGAAAAAAUACAAACAUAAAGGUAAUCCUCGGCCUAAUAUGCAUGCCUUACAUUUUCAAACUGGAAUUUAAAUCGAAAGAAGAAUUACAAUUGAUGCCGCAAACGACUGAAGAACACAUGGAACUGGAAAACGAAGACGACGAUAAAUCUGAUUCGGAUAAAAAUCAAGAUGGAGAUAAGCGUACUAGAAGUUUGAGUAUUCGGACCAAGUCGCCAAAUCCACAGGGUGUUAAGGCACUUCUGACCGAAAACUUUAUUACCAGAGACACUAUCGUUCACGAAAACGGAAAAAUCCUUCCGGAAUUCGAGGAUCCUAAGUAUAAACCACAAUUCAGCAAAGGGCGAGAAUUGAAAAUGAAAAAGAAGUUGUACGAGUUUUAUACGGCGCCUAUUACGAAAUUUUGGUCGAAUUCGAUUGCUUACAUCACCUUUUUGGUACUAUUCAGUUACACGAUUCUAGUACGAAUGGAUACCUAUCCGAUUUGGCAGGAAUAUUUCUCUAUAGCGUUCAUCCUAUCUUUGGGCUGCGAGAAAAUGCGCGAAUUGAUCUCGUCCGAACCCGUAGGCCUUUCGCAAAAACUCGCCGUUUGGUCGUGGAACAUGUGGAAUCCCUGCGAUAUGGCCGCCGUACUGAUGUUCUCCAUCGGAAUGAUUCUGCGCUUUCAAACCGACACUUUUAAGAUCGGACGAGUAACUUAUUGCACUAAUUGCAUCUACUGGUACUUGAGAAUAUUGAAUAUUCUUAGCGUCAACAAAUAUCUGGGUCCUUUAGUAACCAUGAUGGGUAAAAUGGUUAAAAAACAUGAUCUAUUUCAUCGUUCUAUUACUAAUAAUUCUCAUGAGCUUCGGAGUUUCGAGACAAGCCAUUUUAAAACCGGAUCAAGAUCCUACGUGGAUGAUAGCUAGAGAUGUAUUCUUCGAACCGUAUUUCAUGUUGUACGGUGAAGUAUUCGCCGGCGAGAUAGAUCCGCCGUGCGGAGGAGUGGACGAAGAGGUAUGCGAGACCGGACGGUGGAUUUCGCCUGUUAUUAUGUCUAUUUAUCUAUUGGUUGCGAAUAUUUUACUGAUUAAUCUACUGAUCGCUGUAUUUAAUAAUAUUUUUAACGAAGUCAACGCCAUAGCGCAUCAAGUGUGGAUGUUUCAAAGAUUUACGGUCGUAAUGGAGUACGAGCAGAAACCUUUAUUACCACCUCCUUUCAUAUUUUUCUCUCAUAUUUAUCUACUAUUCAAGUACACCAGAAGGAAAAUGGAAGGCAUCGAAGAAAGCUACGAUAAUGGAUUAAAAUUGUUCCUGGAUAAAGACGAAAUGGAACGAUUAUACGACUUCGAAGAAGACUGCGUCGAAGGUUAUUUCGCCGAGCAGGAAAAAUAAACUACAACAAUCUACAGAGGAGAGAAUAAAAAUCACCACAGAACGAAUAGAACACUUAACGCAGAAAGUGGAGGAUAUAGUUUCGAAGGAAAACCUCCAAACUACCGUUCUGCAAAAUUUGGACGUCCGCACGCGACGCUACACGGAGCAACUCGAAGAAUUGGUCACCGAUAUCGAAGUUUUGAGGCGGUUGAUGGUGCAAACGCAGCCGUUCGCGGCGGACAACGUGUUAACGACGCAACAGCAGGGGAUGCGCGAGAGGACGAUUAGCGAGCUGAGCGAGUUGUCCGAGGAGAAUACGAUCGUGGGACAGCUGAUGCCUAGUCAGCCGGCUAGGAAGAAGACGAUAGUGAGAUCUUUGACUGAAGUUCGACCGGACGCUUAUAUAUUUGAUAAUGGACAGCAUAUCGAGUAUAGAUAUGCGGAUGAUGAUGACGAUAAUGAGCAGAUGGAUAAUAUUUCUAUGGCGGGCAGCAGACAAAAACUCAACUUAAUGCGACAGAGAACCAAAAGCACCGAAUCGAAAGGAUCAUCCGAUAGCGAUAAGAAAAACGAAGACUUAAUAAUUGACGAUUUGUCGGGAAUCAAUUUAGACGCUCUAAGAUCGAAAGUUGCACCGAAAUCGAGACGAGAUUCGACCGGAACUAUCAGAAGAGGCUCCGAAAGUGGUAAUGGUUGUCGCCAUCGCAAUCCCUCGGAAAUGUCCAAUCCGGAAAUAGCAAUCAACUUCGAAAAAGAACAUUUACGAAGCGCCGAAGAAUGGGACUAUAAGGUGAUGGAAAAUUUGAUUCAACGACGUUACAGUGAAGAGGACGAAGAAGACUUCGAUGACGAUGUCAUCGAACGACUUCCGGUGAAAAAUGCUACGUUGCUCAGCGUCGUAACGGAAACGCGAGAGUUUCGAGGUAACUCUUGGCCAAUUAGGAAUGCUUUGAAACGUUCGUCUGCAGUUGAGGGGGAAGCACCAGGCGCAGGACAUUUAGGUUCUAGCGGUUCGUCUACAGAACGACAAGAUUCGACGGAAUCUAGCGAUAAUACGGCCGCCAUUAAUCAACCACCGAUGCCGCAACGACCUUCGAUCGUAAUCGAUUCUUCUCAGAUGCCUACCAUCCAACGAGAAGUGCUUCCAUCUGCCGACUCUAAGGGUAGUUUGCACAUGCAGUCCGAAACCAUGUGUUAAUGUUUAAUUGGUUCCUAAAUUAUUUUACUAAUUUCGGUACGAUGGUAUGUGGUCAUAAUUGGUAGAUUAAAAUGAAUAAAGCAGAUA